AUGAUAAUACAUUUUUCGAUACCUUUAUGGCUGACUAACUAUUACUAUUCUAUUGGUAGUUUGUCACUUUUUAUAAACUUUUUAACCCUAUACUUCGUUUAUUUCAAAAGUGAAAAAUUUGAUAGAUUCCGACAUUUGUUGCUGAUUUUUCAGCUUUUCUGUACAUUCACUGAUGUUCAUCUAACGAUUUUAAUGCAACCGUUCUCAUUUUUCCCCAUAAAAGCUGUGGCAUGUAAUGGGGUUUUAGUGAAGUUAUUUGAUAUUUAUGCACAUUAUCUUUUGGCAAUUUGGACAAGUUUAAUAAUAUCACAAAUCACGGCUCUUACUUUUUGUUUUGCUUGGAAGCAUAGAAGCAUUGCCUGUGUAACAAAUCACUCAAUAAUUCCAAACUGAUUUUACAUAAUUGGGUCAAUAUUCAGUCUUUCUAUACCAUUGAGUAAUUAUGGAUUUUCUUCUCAAACAGAUGUUGAUAGAAAAUCUCAAAUGGACUAUGUUAAAAAGAACUUUCCCGAGUACUAUGAACAUUUUCUAAAUCUUCACAAUUUUUCAAUAUACGAUAUAAAUGCUUGGUCUACGCUUGCAGUCAUAUCUUGUUCUAUGGGAACUUUAUUUUCAGGCUUUAUAUUUAUUUUCUCUACUUUAGAUAUGCUCAAAAUGCUCAAAGGCCUUAAAAUAAAGAUUUCUGCAAAGAGUUUCAAUCGUUAUCAAAAUGCUGUGAAAAGUCUUUUGGCUCAAUUUUGCACUUCGUCGAUUUGCUUGGCACCUCCAGUUGCAAUGAUAAUAAUAAUGAUUGGAAAUUUGGAAAAUGGUCAGCUUUUUGUUCAUAUUGCUGUGGGGAUUGGUGCUCUGCAUUCUUCGGUCAAUGGGAUUGUGCUCAUCGUUACAACUAUUCCAUACCGACAAUUUGUAUACGAUAAGACUGUGAAGGUGUUGAGAGUGAAGAGCAUUCAAUAA